AUGGCCUCCGGAACUCAAGAGUCAGCUAUUGCUGAAGGCCGCCAACUAUACGGCGCCAAGCAAUACAAACCCGCUCUCAAGCAAUUUACCAAAGCAAUGCAACUGUGCGUCUGUACUCGACAAGAGAAACGGCCACGAUGUAGCUGCAAAAACUUCGAAAAAGUUGCUUCUGAGGGUGGUUCCAUCUUCAACGAGGCCAUGUACACCUGUGACUGCACGGUGCGCAAGACGUUCAGCAAAUGUGAUAAUAAGCUACAUAUACAAGCCCUUGACUAUCGUGCCGCAACAUUUGAAGAGAUUAAAGAGCUUGAGAGAGCUCAAAAGGAUGCCGAAUGGAUACUAGAGCUUGCACCAAGGCUUCCAGAUGGGUAUUUACGACUAGGCAAAAUAUCGCGCCUCCAAAAGAAAUAUGAAUUUGCAUGGAAAGUAUACACUGCUGGCAUCGAAGUGGGAAAUAAACACCGCCUUGCUGAAUUGCCCAAGUUUCAGAAACUCCGAGCCGCAAGACAACCAUUGCACAUACGAUUCUAUCGCCGAGACCCUUUGAGGAACCCACAGGAGAUUGUUCAGCGCAUCUUCUACUACCUCGAUUUCGGGUCUCUCGUCCGAUGUACUGGUGUCUCCAAGGAAUGGAGGCGGUACCUUACUAGUCAUGGCAAUGAGAGGCUCUGGCGUACCUUGUUCUUCAAAGAUAAACUUGCUCACGACCGGCCCCCUGGCGUGAAGUCACUUAAGAAAUUGAUAUCCUUCUCCGGAAACGAUGUCCGACAGAUCAUCGUCGAGGAUAUAUCUCGCUUUAGACUCACUCAGCACAAAUUAGUUGCCCUAUUGCAAGGGUCAAAGAAUCUCGAGCAUCUUGAAUUGAGGGGUUCCACCGACGAAGACCUAACAAUACCGGACGCGAAGAGUAUACUUAAAAAGCUGAAUCAUAUCAUUUUGCAAGAUAUAACCAUCAUGAAGCCUCAAAUCAUGGUAUCACUCUUACAACAUGCCCAUGAGAGCUUGCAAACUCUGCACAUCGAUGGCUUACCUCAAAUUGACUCAUCAAGCGAGACUUUCUUUCCGCACUUACCCAACCUUCAGUACAUGCGGCUUGAAGAGCCCCGAAGGCCGAGCCCUUUCAGACUGCGCACAUGGCACCUGGCCUCAAAGACGCCGCGCAUGCAGCAACUAUAUUUGAAAGACGUUCAGCUUUCUGGGGAACUUCCCCCAGAUGCCAGACUGGACGAGUUUUGGCCAGAACUCAAAGCGGUUACAGUACAUGGACCCAACGAUUCUGACCUUAACACUGCACAAACAAUCCAGCAACUAACUUCGCUACGCGGAGGUCGCACGCUGCAAUACAUUGAUUUUGAUUUUCGAUGGAGACCCGAUGAUGAGGGGCCCCUUGGCCUGAUUAUGUUGUCCGAGAUACUGAAUCGAGAACCCGAAAUGUUGGCCACCGAUGGGUAUACCAAGCACUGCCAGUAUUCAGAUCUCCGGUCGUUACGUCUCCGGCGAGCAAUGGUACCACCAUUAAAACUUCAAAAAGUGCUUCGCGACACCCUCACUUCGCAUAAGCUCCACACUCUGGAUCUUGCCUUCCCCCUUGAUCCUCAAGGCGUCCUCGAAGGAUCUGGCAGCACCAAACACAUCCAAGAUCAUGCCUGGCUGCGUGGAGAGCCGGCCAUCAGGUCUAUCGGACUUUCAGAAUUUCGAUUCCGCUUAUACCCCAAGACCAUCGACGAGAUGUAUUUGCCGAGUUUCUUAGCCAGCUUCCCCAACCUCGAGAUUCUUGAAAUCAACUCGUCGCAUUAUGAGGCUCGCGAGUUGUGCAUUAUGAUCGAAGCGAUACUUAAGGUUACCCACGUACAAAAGAUUUACCAGAAAACGAUUCAUGGGGAGUGGGGAGACAAGCUUCGUAAAGUGACGGGUAUGCACGGAGUAGAGCUUAUUUGGGGUGACAGGCCAAGGGAAUGGCCGCUGAAGAUAGAUGAUUAA